AUGAGCAGCUUAGAGAGUCGACGCAGAAGGCCCAAACAUCUUCCUGCUGCUGCUGCUGCUGUCGUUGCUGCGCUGCUGCUGCUCACCGCUUGCCUAUGCAUUCUGCCCCCCGUUGCAGGCGCCGCAAGUGACCUUCUCCAACAGCAACAGCAGCAGCAGCAACAGCAGCAGCACGAGCAUCUAGAGCAGCAGCACCAGCACCCAGAGCAGCAGCAACAGCAGUCGGAGCACGAGCAACAGCAGCAGGAGCAGCAGCAGGAGCAGCAGCAGGAGCAGCAGCAGGAGCAGCAGCAGGAGCAGCAGCAGGAGCAGCAGGAGACACUCACAGCAGCAGACGAUGAGACACUGGUCUCCUCUUCCGUGCUGCAGCAGUUUGCUGCUGAAGGGGAGCGGCAGCUAGCUGAGUCUGGGUUAAGAACGUUCUAUGCAGAUGGGGAUCAGGGGGGCCCCCCGGGGGGCCCCCACCAGCUGAGGCACAGCCGCAGCAGCAGCAGCAGCAGCAGCAGCUUGGGGUCCCCAGAUGAAGAGAAGAAAAACAGAAGAAGGAGACCGCAAUCGUCGCUGAGAUACAGAGGCGCAAGUGCUGCUGCAGCAACAGCAGCAAGGUCAAGAGGCAGCUCCAUGCCCCCGCCUAUUCGCCUGCCUGACGCAACAGCAGCAGCAGCAGUAACAGCAGUAGCUGUAGCAGCAGCAGCAGCAGCAGCAAGAGGAAAACCCACAACAUCCAUAACACCAACAACAGCAGCAGCAGCAGCAGCUGCAGCAGCAGCAACCCCACCGCGUCCUCAAGCAAGACCCCCAGGCGUUACAGCAGUCUCACCUGCACCCACUGCAGCAGCAGCAGCAGCAGCGGCAGCAGCAGCAGCAGCAGCAACGGAGCCGAAGGAGAAGAAUUUAUUUCUUGCGGAUGUUGCAGCAGAAGCCCCAGAGGUGCCGCUGCUGGACCUUCUUAAUAAAAUAGAGGGCAGCAAGAACGACAGUGUUGCUGCUGCAGUGGGUCGGGGUUCUCUGCGUGCAUACGCGACGCUAAAGCCUUUGCUUGAUGCUGCAGCAGCAGCGCAGCAGCAGCAGCAGCAGCAGCAGCUAGCGAGGACAACACAGCUGCGAAAAGAAAGGAUAGAAGCUCUGCAGGAGACACAGAGAAAACGAGCUGCUGCUGCACUCAAGCAGCAGCAGCAACUCGCGCUGCAGCGGGAGAAAGCCAGAGAAAAUCAAAGAGAAAGACAAAGACACACUGCAGCAGCGAGAAGAGAAGCAGCAAAACAUAACGAUGAACGCAGGGGUUUAGAGUGGGGGGACCGCUGGGCGUCCAUAAAGGAAGGAGACAAAGAGAGAGCGACGCGGCAGUGGCAGCAGCAGGAGCAGCUGAUGGAGCAGCAGCUGCAGCAGCUGCAGCAGCACAGAGAACGCGAGGCAGCAAGAGCAGCAGCAGCAGCAGCAGAACAGGCCCCUUCUCUCCUCUCGGACUUGUUCUCAGGCAGAUUCAGCAGCAACAGCAGCAGCAGCAGCAGCAGCAGCAGCAUAGAAGGGAGCAGCAGCAGGGAGACACACACACCACACCUGCAGCAGCAGAUACUAACACAGGAGCAGCAGACCCUACACCGCAAGUGGAAGCAGCAGCAAAAGUAUAACCAUGAAGAUGCUGUUGCUGCUGCUGCUGUCUAG